AUGAGCCACAAGCGGACCAAUUGCGUGCCUCCUGUGGUGCUAUUGGUUGAACGUCUGCCUUGUGCACCAUGGCAUCAAUAUAAACGCAAGCGCAUGCUCUACGUGCAUAUUUUCUCUGCACGCGUUGCUCGUCUCUCACGUACGUACGCACGCACGCUCGUUUACACGCGCAUAUCAGCGCACUUGCCCUCCACAUUACCUCAAGAUACCGCGCCGCGAGUUAUGGUGCAACAAACGUUGGAUCAAGUUAUUCGUGCUGAUCAGGAGCGUUUUCGUGCUAAAUGGAAUUUUGACGUGGCCAAGGGUUCUUCCACCACUUGGAAAAUUGUACACGAACCGAAAGCUGCUUUCUACACUAAAAUACCACGUAGACUGAAAGCACGUAGACGGUUAAAUCAAUCAGUGGUGGGGACACUUAGAGGUGAAAUGCAGACACCGAAUGAAGGCCUGCUUUCGGACUCCUCCUUGGUUGGAAACCUGAUUUUCAAUUUCUCGGGACAGCCAGUGGAAAAGAAGAUGAGGAACACUCUCAUCCCCUCCUGUGAACCCGAUUCCCCUUCUGUAACAGUAACUCCAGCCCCUUGUGGAUGUACCACCUCUCGUGUAUCAUCAGCACCAACCACUCUUCCUACCGCCGAUCCUGUUUUCAAGUUACCCUCACCUAUUUCUAAGCUGUUGAAACGGAAAUCACAUCCCAGGAUGACUGGCAAAUUACUUCGCCGUUCACAAACGGGCCAAAGCAUCGAAAAAAUAGCACCGUCUUUACAAGUAUCGUCUGUUGUCCUGAUUGACGAUGGUCGGAUUGGACUGGACUGGCCUCCAGGAUGUGCAUCAGCUAUCCACCACCACGGUCCCCGUUUGACCUGA